UUGUGUGUUCAACUUUGCAGUGGCAGGUAUUGGACGAGUGUCCGAGGAGCGGCCCAACCGCUGUUCCAUUCAGCACAGUUGAAGACUUUUGUGGGGAUCAUGCAGCGGACCUCGUCAGUUCUGACAAGGAAGCUGAAGAGUGUCUCGCCAGGUCAGAAGGUUGAGAUUUCCGAUUGGUUCCAUGCAUUUUCAAUUGACACCAUUGCGGAAGCAGCGUUGGGCAUCCAGUUCGGAGUGCAAGAACAUAGCACUGGACAAGAAAAGGCGCUUAUGGACGCACUGAUUGCAGACUUGAACAGUUACAACUUGCGUGCGGGCUUGGACUUGAUUGAUAUCUUGUCAUYGCAAGUGCAUGAUGUAAAGCUGCUCCGYAAGCUGAUCGCAUUGUCAGCGCGAAUCCCGGGAACAAAGCGGUACAGACUGCAGAAGAACCUCACAUUCAUCAACAGAGAAUGCCAGAACCUUGUGCAAGGUMGGCGGACACUUUUGGGGAAUUUUCUCAYKCUUAUGACAAAGGCACAGAUAGAUGAUCCCACCMASAAGGGAAAGCGCMGGGCRCUCACGAGUUUGGAGCUCUCCGCAUUGGUCAGAGAUAUCCUCGUAGCAGGCACUGAUACCACAGCAACUAGCUUGACCAAUGCGGUUUAUCUCCUGGACAAGCACCCUCAAGUGAMGGACAARUUAAGAGCUGAAAUUGAUGACUGGUACAGAAGGCAAGAGUUGCCGGGCAGGGACAAGAGCAACCAGGACGCUGAGACAGAGCUGUUUCCAGAUGCAGAUGAUCUUGUGGAGCUUCCUUACUUGGGCCAGGUGGUGAAUGAGGUGUUGAGGAUCUCCCCACCCGUAGCUGCCACCAUUAGAGAGGCCUUGGAAAACUGACAGAGUGUUUCCAUGGAUUUCAUGGACACCCUGGUGACUAGUAAGAGUGGCAAGAGGCACAUCUUCGUCAUCAUCGACCGAUUUACCAAGUACGCUAGACUAGUGGCUAUGCCAGAGACCGCAAGAACUAACUCUGUCAUCAAGUUGUUCAAAGACAACUGGGUGCGUGACUUUGGUUUACCAAAGUCAAUCGUUAGUUACCGAGAUGUCCGAUUCACAAGUGAGUUGUGGAAGAAGACUGCAGAACAGAUGGGCAGUCAACUUCAGAUGACUUCAGGGAAUCAUCCGGAAGCCAACGGACAAGCCGAGCGAAUGAACAGAGUUGUACAACACUUGCUGAGGCAUUACAUCAAGCCCAACCAGGAUGAAUGGGAUGAGCAGUUGCCUCUCAUCGCCAGCCUGUACAACAAUGUUGUCCACAGCAGUACCGACGUUAGUCCUAAUCAGCUACACUUGGGAUGGAAGCCUAGAUCAGCAUUAGACUUCCUCCUACUUGAAAAUCGACCCGCUGCAACUCCAGGCACACUUGAGUAUGGUGUGCAGUAUGAGAAGUUGUUGCAAGAAGCUGUCGAGCACAUGAAGAAAGCUCAGCAAGCAAUGAUUGCUUCUGAGAAUCAACACCGUAGACAGUCCACAUUUCAGGUAGGGGAACGUGAAUGGGUCAAGGCUAGAGUGUACGUCUUGGUUAGCACGUGGUGCCGUCACUUUUAUAUUAGUUGUACCACACGGGCAGUAAUAGUAAGAUGGUCAGAUCAUGUGAAGCGGGCAAUUAACGGUGAUUUGGGAAACGCUCUUAAGUUACACGCGUGGCUGCGGAUCUUUGGAUGGCAAAAGUAUAUGGCGAUUCCCGUGGUUAGUGGAAUUGGGGAUCCGGGGGUAGUAGAGUCAUUGUUAGUAAAGAAGUACUCACCAUCUUUGAACACUCACGGCAUGGGGAGGGAAGGGAGAAGGGUAAGAAAGAGGCCGGGGAAGAGAGAAAGAGGGAGAAGGAAGGUGAAUGUGUUAGGAGAACGAUUGAUAAAGUUCAAUGGACGCGCGUCACUAAUUGAUCUGCUCCAGGAGAUAAAGGGGAGAAUGGGUAUUCAACAGAUCUCGUCGACAGGAGGGUCGAUUUGGAUGGACAAGUGGAAGGUUAUUCGAGGGAAAGUAGGAGAGACUACUUUGGUGGUUGGGAAGGAGGUAAAGUCGAUCAAGGAAUGCAAGCAGGUAAUGGAAAAGGGUGGGACGUUUCAGGUAAGGACCAUCAAAAUUAUGUCGUCAGGAAUCGAGCAUCGGAAGUUUGUGCUCAGGGAUGUUUUGAGACAGCCAUGGAGGGUGCGCGAUCUGUAUAAAAAGAGCUCCAGGGAACUCAUCGCUUUAUACAGGACUCCAACACUGUUUUCGGAGAAAAAGAGUCGGAAUCGGAUCAAAUGCAUCCUAUCCAGGGUGGUGAAGGGUAAGUACGGGAGCGAGAUUAGAAGGAGACCAUGUGUGAAAGUACCGUUUUCCUCGGAGCUGAAGUUGGGAGUCGUUAGACGAGUGGCAGCACAGUUGAUUAUACGAGCUAUGGCAGACCCGGAUGUUGCCAGGUUCGUAGCAACAAGGGUAAGGGUCGUGGUGAGAAGGAGGCUUACCGUUGGGAGCAUCAUCCAUAAUCAGUGGAAAUGCGCAGAGAACGACGUGGCACUAUGACACGGCAGCAGUGCCACGUACACAACCAAUCACCAGAGCAGCAGGUCCCAUCAGUGCAUGGUGCUCACCCGCUCAAACGCAAGCGGCAUGGAUCAGCGGUCAGGCGAGACUACCGAGGCCUAUGAGCCCCGCAUGCUGGGCAUGGUAGCAGAAUUCAAGCAACGGGCAGCUGCGGCAACAUCUGCACGUAAGAAGGAAGAUGAGGAUGCAGAGGAACAGUGUCGCCUCGCUGAACAGCAGCGACAGGAGGGCGCUGAGGUGGCAAGGAAGGCCGCAGAUGAACGUCCUCGACUACACCAAGACAAAAUCCUCGAAUGCGAGGGGGACAUCGAGGUGAUCGUCGGUGAAUGGGCAGUGGUUGCUGAAGAGGAGGGUGCCCACCCCGCUGUGCGUGGCCUUGCAACCACAAUCGAACAUGUGAGCGACUUGGUCGCCACCUGUGCAGCACAGCAAGAGGACAUCCUCUGCGUGGACACCCUGGUCCGAAAGCAGAUUCGAAUUAUCAAUGAACUGCUUGACCCGUUUGACGGGGUACGCUGGCUGGAACAGCAGCCUACAACCGCCACCCCCACCGAACCCUCCAACUUGACGGACCGCGUCAACGUCUUGGAAAUCGACGUCGAGACUCUCAAGGACGGCACUCUAGCGACAAAUCAGCGGAUUCACCAGCAGAUUUGUGUCGCCGCCAGGGUUGUCACGCAGGGGCCCCCAAGGGCAAAGCCGGGCGGACUUACCGUUGCGACGUCUUCGACGCCGAAGUAUCAUGUGCCAUUCCUCUUCCGCACUCCUCGAUCAGGUGCGGCUGUAUCACUGGAAGUUCGCCCGGCGGUAGUCGACAAGGAGACGGUUGUGGAGGGGCCGCGACCAUUCGAGUGGGAGCGGAGGGAAGUAAUCCGCAACUUCAUCACCGAGUUCGACGAAGUGGACGAUCCGGUCAAGACUGAGACGAGGGCGCGCGACUUAGCGAAAUUGCAGCGAGGCUCGGGGUUGAAGAAGCUGGGGUGGAAGAGCCGGAAUGACAAAACUCAUGGCGAAGGUGAAGGGAAGGUAGAGUUAGACGAAGGAAGGGAAGAAAAUUCUUCGUCUGCGCUGGAGGAAGAAGAGGAAGAGGGAUUAGGGUUCUCAGAAGGAGGGAGGGGACGAAGGUAUUGGACGAGUGUCCGAGGAGCGGCCCAACCGCUGUUCCAUUCAGCACAGUUGAAGACUUUUGUGGGGAUCAUGCAGCGGACCUCGUCAGUUCUGACCAGGAAGCUGAAGAGUGUCUCGCCAGGUCAGAAGGUUGAGAUUUCCGAUUGGUUCCAUGCAUUUUCAAUUGACACCAUUGCGGAAGCAGUGUUGGGCAUCCAGUUCGGAGUGCAAGAACAUAGCACUGGACAAGAAAAGGCGCUUAUGGACGCACUGAUUGCAGACUUGAACAGUUACGACUUGCGUGCGGGCUUCGACUUGAUUGAUAUCUUAUCAUUGCAAGUUGAUGAUCUAAAGCUGCUCCGUAAGCUGAUCGCAUUGUCAGCGCGAAUCCCGGGAACAAAGCGGUACAGACUGCAGAAGAACCUCACAUUCAUCAACAGAGAAUGCCAGAACAUUGUGCAAGGUAGGCAGACACUUUUGGGGAAUUUUCUCACACUUAUGACAAAGGCACAGAUAGAUGAUCCCACCAACAAGGGAAAGCGCAGGGCGCUCACGAGUUUGGAGCUCUCCGCAUUGGUCAGAGAUAUCCUUGUAGCAGGCACUGAUACCACAGGAACUAGCUUGACCAAUGCAGUUUAUCUCCUGGACAAGCACCCUCAAGUGAAGGACAAAUUAAGAGCUGAAAUUGAUGACUGGUACAGAAGGCAAGAGUUGCCRGGCAGGGACAAGAGCAACCAGGACGCUGAGACAGAGCUGUUUCCAGAUGCAGAUGAUCUUGUGGAGCUUCCUUACUUGGGCCAGGUGGUGAAUGAGGUGUUGAGGAUCUUCCCACCCGUAGCUGCCACCAUUAGAGAGGCCUUGGAAAACUGUCAGAUCGAAGACUGGGUCAUUCCAAAGGGAACAACUGUGGAGAUACCCAUUCAUGCAAUGCACCAUUGCCCGAAGAAUUUUCCCAAUCCGGAGGAGUUUCGGCCAGAGCGCUUCGAUCCCUCAUCUGAAGAGCACAACUCCAGGCACCCUUACGCAUUCAUUCCCUUUGGUAUUGGGCCCCGUAUUUGCAUGGGACGAAACUUUGCCAUGCUGGAACUCAAGAUUGUGCUUUUCAAACUGUAUCGCCAUUUCGAUUUCCAGGUUGUGAAGGAGGAUCUCAUUCUCAAUGAAAAUGGCGAUCUGCAGUGGGAUGCCAAUAUCACGGUCUUGGGGAAGCUUAGAGAGACUAACUUCAAGAUCAAUGCGAAGAAGUGCGAGUGGGCCAAGACGCAAGUCCUGUACUUGGGCCACGUAUUAGACGGAGAUGGCAUUAAGCCCGAGGACAGCAAGAUAGCGGCGAUCAGAGAUUGGCCGACGCCCCGCACAUUGACAGAGUUGCGGUCGUUCCUAGUCUUAGCUAACUACUAUAGGAAGUUCGUAAGGAACUUCUCUACUAUUGCCGCUCCCUUGCGCAGGUUGCUGAAGAAAGAGGCAAUCUGGCAAUGGGACAAAGAGUGUACGUCUGCGCUCAAGAAGUUAAAGCGCGCGUUAAUAGAAUAUCAUGUCCUCAAAGUAGCAGAUCCUUCCUUGCCAUUUGUCGUUACCACGGACGCAAGUCAGUAUGGGAUAGGCGCCGUGUUGCAGCAAGACGAUGGAAAUGACUAUAGACCCGUAGAGUUCAUGUUAGCGAGGAUGCCCUGUGAGAAGGUCGCUACCUCCACGUACGAGAGAGAGCUCUACGCUCUCAGGCAGGCUUUAGACCAUUGGAAGCACUAUCUGCUUGGGAGGCACUUCAAAGUGUAUUCCGACCACGAGACACUCCGUUGGUUGAAGACACAGUCCAAGAUGACACCUAAGUUGACUAGGUSGGCCGCAGAGAUAGACCAAUUCGACUUUGAGCUCAAACUAGUGAAGGGCAAGUAUAACGUAGUUGCGGAUGCUCUGAGUAGGAGAUCAGACUACUUUGGAGCCGUAGUACACUAUCUGGAUAUAGGGAGAGGCCUGCAGGAGAAAGUGAGACAAGCGUAUACGCAGGACCCUAUCUAUAGUGACCUCCCAAAAAGAGUUAGAGAGGCCCCAAAGACCGAACCAGAUUACCGCACUACAGACGGGUUGCUGUUUGAGAAGACUAAUGUGUUUGAUCGCAUGUGCAUUCCCAACAGCGAAGAGAUUCGUAGUCUGAUUCUAGGGGAGUGCCAUGAUACUGAAGGGCAUUUCGGUUGGCAAAAGACAUUAGCCAACCUGAUGCGUGCGUAUACCUGACCAGGGAUGAAGAAUGACUGCAUAGAGUAUGUCCGCAGUUGUAAAGUGUGCCAUAGGAAUAAGUCUACUACACGCGCGCCCCUAGGUCUU